AUGGAGGAAAGUAUGUACGAUGCUGCCGACAACGAGGUUUGGGAGAUGGACGAAGAGGAGAUGCCGGCAAAGAGAAGAAGAACGUCGAAGCGACAGUUACAGAGAUCGAAUUCGCUAGAGGAUAAUGCGUUGGAUAGCUCCGUGGAUAGAGCCAGUUCUACCGCCAGUUCCACAAACGGUGAAAUAUCAGAAACGAAAGCUCCUAAAUCGGCGAGGAAGAUGACGCGGCGGCGACGACCUGUAAGUGCCAGAGAAAGAAAUUUGCGCCGAUUGGAAAGCAACGAGAGAGAACGAAUGCGGAUGCACUCGCUCAAUGAUGCGUUUCAGAAUCUCCGUGACGUCAUACCCCACGUGAAUUGUGAGCGCAAAUUGUCAAAAAUUGAGACUCUUACGCUUGCCAAAAAUUACAUCUCCGCAUUGACUGGAGUUAUCACAGAGAUGAAGACCGAGUUAGACAGGAAACAGGGUGAUGUGAAGGGGUAUGAACCAAAUAAUAAUUGUAAUGGCGUGGCAACCAAAGAGUUGGACGAAGCCGCCGCUGAAGCUUGGAUCGAGACAGAAGCUACCGACGACCGGCAAGUGCCGAUCAACGUAUUAAUCGAACAACACUUAGAACAGUAAAAGGAAUAUAUAGCCUUCAUUGUGAUACAGUCUUAGCGCGCUAUAUACACAGAUUGUGACACUGGAUAAAAAAUACUUUGCUGCGCUAAAUAACACAGAGAUAGCACUGUGAAAAUUGCCCGACUCAGUCAGCUGGCGAUUUCAAGAUAGCCAAAAAGCCGAUAGUGUGACGAGCCUUACCCGAUAGUUUGGAUGUGUAUGAAAUACAACACUCAGCACCCAACGAUCAUGAUGAUGGUUACCCGGGAAACCACACCUGCCAUAUAACGAAUAGGCUAGAACUUGAGAGUAAUCCGACUGUAUCACGUGAGCUGCAGACAUUGGCGAUGUAAUGUACCUGUAUUUUUUUCUGUAUAAAUUGGAAUGAUGGUACGGCUAAAAUGAUUGACCAAAUCUAACAAUACCCUCGCCUUCGCCUACUACAAUAGACGAAUAUAUUUCCUUAUAUGAAAUUGUAUCAAACACAUGACAGACAUUGCAAAAUAAUUGAUACAGCACAUUGUGUACGGUUAACAAUAGGGAGUUUAUUUUUUUUUUUGAAUGAACAGUUUGCAUAGUUGCAGGUAGAACGUCAUGUAAAAAACGAGUUUUAAUAGGCGCGUUGAAUCUCGUGUGGACUGUACGACCUUUUAAAGCGACACGAUCCCACACUUGUAGCGCAAGAUAUUCCAUUGAUGUAAUUCUUUUCAUAACUAACUCCGACUGUGUCAACUAAAUAGCCUGAGCCGUCUGUUUUUCUUUAUAAUGAUAAAUUGAAUUUUUUUUUGUUUUGAAAAUGAGGUCUUCAUCCCUGAGAGGCUAAUUCCGUAGCUCAUUUACAUAUCAUUGACAUUCUGGUUAACAAUUAUACGGGAGCGAUCACUCGGACAGACGGGGGGGGGUGUUUUAUUUGGAAUAUGUGUGUUCUACAGACAAAUUUCAAUUGUGUCUUCCAAUAAUGUAUUCCACAUCACAGAAUAGAGCUUUUAUGAUUUUUUUAAAAAUAAGAACGGCGAAGGAGAAUUUUAGAGUUUGUUGACAUUUGUAAGUAAUUGUAUUAUAUUCUUUUCAUAUUUUACGCUAAAGCAUUCGUAUAAAUAGUUGCUCAGAGUCCCGCCAAUAUCGCCUUCAUUAAUUGAUUUUAACAAACACUGUAUUUGCGGGACUUGUCUCUUUUUUAAAUCUAGUAAUUCAUCGUAAUGAUGACAAUUUUUCACUCAUAGGCACAAUUCAACCCACUAUUUUACUUUGGUGGGAAAUAUGAAUGUAUGAAUAUAUAUAUUAUAUGAACACGCUACGCACGGUAUGUGUUCGAAAAGGUCUUUACGAGGAGGUGGUCCAGAUAGGGCGAGAACAAUUGUUGGCACCCAGUGCAACGUCGAGCCCGAUAAUUCAAAACACGCGUAUCAGAAUUGAAUCAAAUAUCUAUUUAAAAAAAUGUAACGGCCUCUUGUCACAAGUUGUUCACAUAUCACAAGCGU